AUGUCGAAAAACAACAAAACUAACCGCCAGUCGUUGCCACCUCAGCUACCGGGAGCAUGGCCCCUCAUCGGCCACCUCCACCGCCUAGGUGGAAAAACCCCGGUGGCUCGGGUUUUAGGAGCCAUGGCGGACAAACACGGAUCGAUCUUCUCUCUGAAGCUCGGUAGCCACCCGGCGGUGUUUGUAAGCCGGCAAAACCUCGUAAAAGAGUGUUUCACUACCGGCGACCGGAUUUUUGCGAGCCGACCCGAUAUGUCCAUCACCAAGCAAAUCAUCUACAAAGGCGCGGUUUUCGCGUUAGAGCCCAACGGGCCCUUCUGGCGCGAUAUCCGAAAAAUUGUCACCGUUCAUCUCUUUUCCAGCCAGCAGCUCGAAAAAAUGAGGAGUGCACGGAAAAUGGAGGUGGACUCGUCGAUUGCGGAUUUGUACUCGAUGGCGAUAGGAGAAAACAAGUCCCCUGCACUAGUGGACUUGAGCUCAUGGGUCGAAGACUUGAUCUUUAGCGUAGCCUUACGAAUGCUAGUCGGGAAAGGCGAAAACGGGCGGGAAGAGCGGAGGUUGAGGGAAGGUAUAAAGAAAACAUUAUACCUUAGCGGAUUAGUUGUCGUGUCGGACGUGAUUCCGUGGCUCGAGUGGAUGGAUAUAGGCGGGUACUUGAGAGCUAUGAAGACGACGACGGAAGACAUCGAUCGAAUCCUCGAAAAUUGGCUCCGAGAGCGCAUGCUCGUUAAAAAUGAGCACGAUUGUUCGAAUUCGAAUCUCAUGGAUGUAAUGAUUUCCGAGCUAAACGAGAACUAUGUUGUCGAGGGACACGACAGUGGCACCGUCAUUAAGGCGACGAUGUUGAUACUUUUGAUGGCGGGCUGGGAAUCAUCGGCCGAGACUGUAAUAUGGGCCGUCUCGUUGCUUCUAAAUAACCCGCUCGCGCUACAAAUGGCUCAAGACGAGCUCGAUGCGCAAGUCGGGCGGUGCCGGCUGGUCCAAGAACCGGACAUCAAGAAACUAAAUUAUCUACAAGCGGUCGUGAAGGAAACACUGCGCCUUUACCCGCCGGGCCCACUAGCCGGGCCCCGUCAGGCAUUGGAAAGCGGGUCUAUCGGCGGGUACUACGUGCCCAAGGGGACCCGAUUGGUGGUCAACUUGUGGAAGCUUCAUAGGGACCCGAAUGUGUGGUCCGACCCAGACGAGUUUCGACCCGAGAGAUUCUUAGAGGAGCAUAGCAAUGUGGGGUAUAUGGGCACGAAUUUCGAGUAUCUACCGUUUGGUUCUGGCAGGAGGAUGUGCCCGGGCGUGGACUUUGCUUUGCUUGUCGUGCAUUUGGCACUUGCUCGAUUGCUUCAAGGGUUCUAUCUGUCGAAACCGACAGGUGCACCUGUUGAUAUGACUGAAGCUAACGGGUUAGCCCUAUCCAAAUUAAAGCCUCUCCUUGUUGUUCUUGUGCCUAGGCUUGGUAGAGAGCUCUAUGAACAUCUUUAA